UCUCUCAUACACAAAUAUACACACACUCUCACUAAACACCACACAUCCACAAAGGAAGACUGAGAGGGAACUGCUGGUUCCCACUGACUCACCACCAACACUAUUCCAUCAACAUGAAGCCAUUGUCACACCAUAGCAGCAGUGACACAGACAACCAUUAACAACAGAACAUUGGGACCAAGUCACAGUUUAUACAACAAAGGAUUUUACACAAUGAAGAUCAACAUUUUAAUACCAAUGAUUUAAUACCAUCAGAAACAGAGACGAUGUUGUGUCUGUAUAUUUUACUGACUUUCUUCCACUGUUCCCUAAGUGAAGAUAUCACAUUCCAUGUUAAAGAAGAGAAUAAUCCCUACACCUAUGUAGGGGACAUUGCUACUGAUUUACAGAAAUCAGACAGCUCCUUCUUAAAGAAUAAGGAUUUAAUUACAUUUAGUCAACUCCAACAAAAGGGGGAACAGUUGUUCAAUGUGACGAGAACAGGUAAACUGUACACUGUUGAGACAUUGGAUGCUGAGUCUGUGUGUAGUUAUGAGAAAGAAUGUUUUGGAAUCGUUAAAGUUGCUGUUCACAAAUCCAAGACAUUUAUGAAGAUCUUAAAGAUUAAAGUCAUAAUAGAAGACAUCAAUGACCACCAACCUGAAUUUCCUAAGAAUGAAAUCACACUAAACUUUGGGGAAGGCGAUGGUAAAGGUAUGAAGAAACCCAUUCCUAAUGCCAUUGACAAAGAUAAAGGUUAUCAAAACAGCUUAAUUAAUUAUGAAUUAAAUGGUGGAGGUAACUAUUUUUCAUUAAGUGUUUCCAAAGAAGCUGAUGGUUUAUCAACAUUAGAAAUAAUUCUGGAAGAUAAAUUAGACAGAGAAAAGAAAGACAGUUACAAUAUUGAGGUCAUUGCUAAAGAUGGAGGAAACCCACCAAAACAAUCUGUUUUAAAUGUUAAAAUAUCUGUGGAAGAUCAAAAUGAUAACAGACCACAGUUUUCUCAAAGUAUCUACAAUGUUUCUAUUGAACAUAAACAUAAAAAGAAUAUUCCAGUAGUCACAUUAUCUGCCAGUGAUUUAGACAUUGGCAGGAAUGGUAAAAUAUCUUUCUAUUUCAGUCAGAAAACUGAUGAAAAAAUAACAGAAUACUUUCAUUUAGAUGAAAGUACUGGAAAGUUAUUUCUUGAAAAGCCUAUAAAUUUUGGUAAGAAAGAAUCAUUUAAAUUAUAUGUGAAAGCCAAAGAUAAUGGAAUUCCUCCUCUCAGUUCCAUUGCAAUAAUUCAGAUAAAUGUUAUCAACCAACACAACAAUCCUCCAAAUAUUGAUGUGAACUUUAUUUCUACACAGAAUCACAACACAGCCACCAUUCUGGAAGACAUCAAAGUUGGUAGUUUCAUUGCUUAUGUGAUGGUCACUGACAAUGAUGUUGGACACAAUGGAGAGGUGAACUGUCAUAUCAAAGACGACACAUUCAAACUACAGUCAAUGGGAUCGAAGGAAUAUAAAAUAGUUCUAAAGAAAGCAGUAGACAGAGAGACACAGGAACAUUAUCACUUUACUGUGUCGUGUGAAGAUAAAGGAUUACCUGCUCUGAAAACUGAUAAAGAUCUGUCAAUCCAAGUGUUGGAUGUGAAUGAUGUAGAACCACACUUUACGAAAGACACAUUCAAGUUCCUUACCUAUGAGAAUGACAAAGCUAAUUUCCCUAUUGGCUUUAUCAAUGCUACAGACCCAGAUAUUGGUAAGGGAGGUGAAUUGUCUUAUUCUCUGAGAAAUAAACAGCAAUAUCGUCUGCCAUUCCAGAUUAUCAACUCUGGCUUUAUUUCAACAAACCAGUCUUUAGACAGAGAACACAGAGAUUUCUAUGAGUUUGAGGUUUUUGUGAAAGACAAUGGAAGCCCAUCUCUGAAUAACACAGUGAAUGUUGAAGUGGAAGUAUUGGAUAGAAAUGAUAAUGCUCCAUAUUUUACAUUUCCUAGUGUUGACCCUUUCACUCUUAAUGUCCACUAUCAUCCGCAAAGUAAGAACGACAUCACAGUUCUGAAAGCAUCUGAUAUAGACAGUCACAUGAAUGCUUUUCUCAGGUAUGAAAUCGUUUCAGGUAACGAGAGACAGUUAUUUAAACUGGAUUCGUUCACUGGUGUGUUAUCUUACUCUCGCACAGUUUACCAAAAUGAUGCCGGAUCAUAUGAGCUUGAGUUUGUUGUGAAAGACAGUGGUACUCCAGUUCUGUCAGCAACAACUAGUGUGUCUUUGACACUGACUGUUAGUAACAAGACGUCACCAAUGUUCACAGCUGUGCACCUACCAAGUGAUAACACAAUAGAUGCGACAUUGUUGAUUAUCAUUGUAGUAGCAGCUGUGAUAGUAUCUAUAGCUAUUGUGGUUUCUAUAACCCUGUGUAUUGUGAGAUGUAACAAUGUGAGAAAUAGCUCAUCUGAAAGAACAGCAGAAGAGAAACAGGCAUACCAAUGUCGCAAUGAGAUGAGACAGUUGAUCUAUCAAGGUAACAACAGUGUACCUGUGAUGUCAGGUAAUCGAGGAGAGAUGACAGACAGAUAUGGUCAUUCAAGGAGCCAUUACUAUCCUGAAGACUGGAAGACAUCGACAAUGAGCAGAUCUCUUCAGAAGUCUACAAAGCAGAAAUACAGUCAACCGAUUGAGGUGACAUCUUAUGGAGACAACAGACCAUCUUCUCACUAUCCCACUGACACAUUGACCAGUCGUAAGAGCAGUGGACAGUGCUGGAGUGAGCGGUCAAGUAGACAGUAUGAAGAAAUACCAGCAAUGUCAGGAAUCUAUGGUGGUGCCCCACCCGAUGUAUCAAGCACCAGUGAGAGAGACCAUUACCAAGACAGAUAUGUGAAACCUCCAGAGAGACAGUUACCUUCAACACCAGAUGUUGUUGCCAGUUAAGUGAGACUGAGAAAGGAACACAACAGAAAUAAUAUCACC